AUGGAUCUCUCCUCCCUCGAAGGCCCCCCAAUCCCAAUCACCCGCCUGAGCGAAUCCCCCUCACCACCCAUCUCGCCCUUCAACGAUGCCGACCUUGCAGCACAACACAUCCCACGCAUCCAACUGGACCUCAACCUCCCCGCCGACAUCACCUGGGAUCUCAGCCCCGUCCCCAUCCCCAACAAGCACACUUACCACCCGCCCCCAACCCAACAACAAUCCACCCCCAGCUGGAGCGGCGUCGAAACCCUCUGGGAAACGACCUACUCGCGCCCCAGCAGCCGCAACACCCUCCACAACGACCACGACGACCUCUCCCACCGUCCACCCCAACGGACGCUCUCUCCCUCCGGAGCAGGAUCCUCCCGACCCAGCCACGGCCACAGCCGCAGCGAAAGCAGCGCCCACCAGCAACUCGUCUGGCUCGACAGCGAAAACAUCUGGGUCUUCGUGAACUCAGCCCCCGCAUCACCGGUAUCAAGACCAUGCUGGGCCAGCCACCCCACCCUGGCGCACUCGCGCUCCAUGGAAAGCACCACCUCAUCCGCCUCCUCCUCCACCCCAGCACACAUGAACGCCGUCGACCGCACGCCCAGACUGCGCGACAGCGCCGUGCUGGACGUGGCGGACAUGUCGCUCCCCGCGGCGAUGUUGCUACCGCCACCGCCUCCACCGUACGAGCGACACAUCUACGAUCGCCCGCUCCCGCCGCUGCCGCACGAGGCGGGGGGAACUGGUGGCGGCGGCUUUUGCGGCGGUGGGGGAGGACGCGAGGGGAGAAGGGGGUCGUCGAGAUGGGCUGCUGUGGCGAGGAGGAUCAAUCGGGUUGAAUGA